UACAAAGUCAACAAUUUGAAGUUAGAAAUAGUGCCAGAAGAGGAGAAAUACAUUUUGAAGAGUUGGGAGUGUUAUGUCUACUUGUAUACAUACCCAUACAAGAACAUCUUCUUCAAGGCUUUGAUAUUUUGGUUGGGAAGAAGUGCGUCAUUGUUGCAUCGAGGAAAAGCUGCUGCGCUGACCGUCGACUUUGUAGAAAAGAAGAAAAUUGAUUGUGUGCAGAUGCGAGUGCUUGAAGGGAGUGAGCAACAUGAAGUACUUGGGAUGUUAGGUGGAGGUGCAGUAAUUCAAAAGAAUGCGUCGAAAGAGGGGGUUUUUCUUUAUGAAGUGAGGAAUGUGAGGGGUGUUGAUUACAUUCGAAUAGUCCAAGUCAUAGACCACACACGAGAUGUGAAUUGUACAUACAUUCUCGUGAAGAACGACUCGGCUCUAUUAAUGCAAAGUAACACCCCAAACAAUACAAAGAAGACUCAACAAAUAGAACUUAUCAAACGAAUAGGAAUGAACGCGGGCAUCUUCAAAGAGUUAUGUGAAGACACUUUCACUCUGAACAAUCUAUUUAACACAAGUGUACCGGAACAUCCACAUGCAUUCACUUUAAGUGCUUGUACUGGUGUUAUUGAGUACGAAACACUCUACGAGCUCUCCGUACAAACAAUGGACGAUAAUAAAGUGAUUGUAGUUACGAUGAAAGGGGGUGUCUAUUGUUGGAUUAAAAGUGAAGUGACCCUUCAAGACACGAUAAAGAUCUUACGGGCGGUCACUGAGUAUAUUCAAUGCGCUGAAAUAAAGAAAGAGAUUUUAGUCGGCUAUUUCGUUCGACCCCAACACGAGUCUGAAAUCCUCCGCAGAGUCUUUUUUGAAAAUCAAGAACUCAACCGCGAGACGGAACAAGUCGAGAAAAUCAAAGACAUCUUUUCUCAACUGACGCGAAGUUACACAUUAGAUGAGCUCAAAAAGAAGCCAAAAUUCCUUUGUAGUAUAUCUUUCGGUCAACUUGAGCACUUCUUAAGUGACGCAGAUUUCAACAAAGCUUUUAAAAUGUCAAAAGAGCAAUUUAGUUCUCUUCCCAAAUGGAAGCAAAUGAAUUUGAAAGUGAAAGUUGGCUUGUGGUGA